GGGCACCGCACCACCAUGCAUGGGCGACCACCAAGGGAUCGCCGGUCACUUCUUGAUGGAUUUUUAUUGUUGGAGGGUAGCCACCCCAUCUGAUCAUAGGGUUGCAACUAUUACCGAUCCAACAAAAAUCGUCACUGAAGACUCCAUUCCGAUCAUCGAUGUCUCCGAUUGGAACGAUCCGAAGGUUACAGAAUCGAUCUGCGAAGCUGCACGUAAAUGGGGUUUCUUUCAGAUUGUUAACCACGGGUUGACCUUGGAGGAUCUUGACAAGAUAAAGGACGCAGGUCACCGCUUCUUUGGAUUACCAAAAGAGGAGAGAGCAAAGUACUGGAAAGGGAAAUCGCCUGCCAAUACUGUCUCCUUGUCCACCAGCUUCAGUCCUCACGCCGAAGCUGUUCUUGAGUGGAAAGAUUUCCUGAGCUUCAGCUAUGUCUCCGGUGAUCCAGAAGCCGCUGCUUUGUGGCCACCAGUAUGCAAAUUUCAAGUCCUAGAAUACAUGGAGAAAGCUAAAAUUGUGAUUAAAAGACUGCUCGAAGCACUACUCAAGGGAUUGAAUGUGAAAGAGAUUGAUCAAGCAAGAGAGUAUGUGCUAAUGGGCUCGCCAGUAAUCAACUUUAAUUAUUACCCCCGUUGUCCGAGCCCCGAGCUCGCAGCUGGAGUAGGCCCUCACUCCGACAUAUCUACGAUCACUGUCCUCCUCCAAGACGACAACGGCGGUCUAUAUGUCCGAGCAACUGAGGGUGAUUGCUGGAUCCACGUUCCACCCGUUAAUGGCGCUCUUGUGGUCAAUGUCGGAGACACUCUACAAAUCUUGAGCAACGAUCGAUACAAGAGCGUUGAACAUCGCGCGGUCGCCAAUAGAAACAAGAACAGAAUUUCGGUGCCCAUAUUUGUGGAUCCGGGACCUGAUGCCGUCAUCGGUCCUCUGCCGGAGGUUUUAGAAGAUGGGGAGAAACCCAUUUAUAGGGAAAUUGUCUUCUCUGAUUACUCCAAGUAUUUCUUCAGUAAGGGAUAUGAAGGGAAGAAGACCAUGGACUAUGCUAGGAUAUGAUUUGAUGAAAUCCUGCUUUUGUGCUUUUCUAUUGGGCUAUCAUAAGCAGAUUUCUAGCGUGUUAUGAAUAAAUAGCAGAACCUAAU